CGGCAGAAACGAACAAAAGACAUACACCAUCUUACACCCUAAUCCUUGACUGUAUUAAACAGCCGAAAAGCAUAAACAUAUAGGCUUGAACCACUCAUCACCCUCGACAGACAACGAAUACCAGCAGAUAAUACGAUCCAUCAUCGCCAGCCACCCGGAAACCAACCAAGAAAGGAAACGCAUUAUUCGAGGUAGAAACUUGAAAGCUGACAAGCAAAGCAAAGAAAUAGCCGACUAAUGAGGGUCAUAAGCUCAACAGCGCUGCUGGCCGUGGCGGCGGCAGCGGUCCACGCCCUCCCGAUAAACUACCCGCCCGGAUCCGAACAGGGGUCGCCGCCGGCGCCAGCAACCACGGCCGCCCCGUCCCCGGCGGCCGUGAAGCGUGCGGUAGAUCAGCUAACCAUCAUAUUAACGAACCAGCACUCGGCGGCCAUCACGACGCGACACGCCAUCGAGCCGGGUGUGCCCAAGCCGGUCGACCCGCAGCAGAAGGAGGUGAAGGAAGGGAAGAUUGAGAAGGGCGCCAAGGGCGUCUACAUCGUGAGCCCGAACUACAUCGGGUCCGUCUUCGUCAACGACGCAAAGUUCCCGGCCAGCCAGCACUGCACCCAGAUCGAGGUCUCGAUGAAGCAGGGCAAGAAAGGUUUCGACAUUAGCAACGUCACUGGCUUCACCCUCCCCAUCAUCUGCGGUUGCGAGGCUGCUGACGGCUCCAUAUACGAGAGCGGUUGCGGCCACGACCUGGUCGGCGACGCCAAGAAGGACCCAGCCAAGGCAUGCAAGAACUGGAUCCAAAGCGAGAAUGCCUGCGCAAACCCGAACCGAGACAACACCAAGGCAUCCGGAAAGUUUGUCCCGGCACCCUUCUUCGAGGCCUGCGCGCGCGAGUCGUACACUUAUGUGGACGACCACGACGCCAACCGCUGGGACUUUUGCAAGAAGAACACGCUGUCGUGCUGUGUCGGCCCCUCGUGCCCAAAGCGCGUUCCCUACAGGCCCAAGGGGUCGCCCUCUGCCCCGGUGCCCUCGGCCCCGCCCGGUACUCGGCCAAAGGACGGUUCCCCCAACCCUCCUGGCCCUGGAGCUCCUCCGGCCCCUGGAGCUCCCCCUGCUCCUGCCCCGCCAGCCCCCGCCAACCCGAAAACCCCUCCCCCGCCACCGUCUCCCCCGGCUCCUGGACGGCCAGAGGGGAAAAAGGCAAAGGGCCGAAAGAGCCCGAAAGGUCCCAAAGGUCCCAAGAUAUAA